UUUAUAUAAUUAGCUAUAGCUACAGAUAGCUAGCUAGUUCUACGUGUCUCGUUUUCGUAAUUUUGUCUUGGAAAUAGUUAAUUUUUUUUAUAAAGAUUCGCUAAAUUAAAUUUAUAAAUAGUAAAACUAUUGCAGUAACUUCCUGAAAUAUGCGCCCUUACCCCAGGCAGGCGUCCUGAAACUGGAUUUCAAUUUUCUCUACAAUGUAGUUCUGUUCACAGAAAAUAUAUUUACAAUUUGUUUCCAAUUAAAAUGAUGUCUCGCAAUGAUUUGACAUGAUUUAAAUCCAUUUCAAGAGGAGUCCGACCUUGUCCUUCAGACAACUUGCCCUGACAGCAUACCUAGUUGCUAGUAAACUAUGCACUAUUGUACCCAGACUUUAUUCUCAUCUCCCUGUACACUCAAAAGUUAUGCUAGCAAACUUUCAAGCUGUGCAAUAAUUUCUUUUUUUUCUUGAGUGAAAACAACUUUAAAAACUGAAACAGCAAGAUUGACUAAUUGGAAGGAAAUUCUUAGCUGAUUUUACACAAGCUGAUUUUUUACAAUUUUACAUUCAAAAAGGUUUAUACUAUCUAUAGGAAGUAGGUAAGUAAUAAUUUAUGCUUCAACAGACAAACAGUAUAUAAUGAUAAAAAAAAUUUAACCAAAAUAAUAAUAAUAAAAAAAGUUUCAUUAAUGAUUCAAUAAGAAAUAUCGCUCUUCAGUGAUAUUUGAUAAUGUCUAUUGAAAGGAGAUCACCACAAAGCAAAAAGCUGAUAUAAAAGUGGUGACCACCUAAAGGCCAGGACAUGGCAAAAUCACAAGGUACAAGGAGAGAACUGGGACAAAUACAACACACAAGUAGGAGAUUUAGUUAAGAGGGACUUGCUGAGAGAAGUAGGUCAAUAUCAAAACACAAAGCAAGAUGAAAGAAAGGUACUUUUAGAACCCCUUGUUGAUCAGCAUGAGUGUAUUGAUCAUGAGAAAAGUUAAUGGAAAAAGUAUUAUUUAUAGUGUCAGGUAAUCUAAGUUAUGCAGAAAAAUAAUAUUUUUCAUAGAGAUUAUGUCAGGAAAUUUGAGAAGUCUGAGAUUGGAGUAAAGUGAGCUGAUUGGUGUGAAGAGAGUUCCAAAAGAAAUAAGUCUAAUAGCAUGAUUUUAAAGAAUCUCAAUAUGAUGUGUCAAUAACUUUUUUGACCCCAAAUUUGUAAACAGUAUAAAAUAUGUGAAUAGUAAAAUCUGUAAAUCAGCAGCAGUAUAAUUUUGGGCACAAGAUGAAGGUUUUUGGCAAGGGUUCCAUUAGUUUUUUUACACAAAUAAUGGUAUUAUUUUUUGAAUUUUUGAAUGAUUCCAAGAUAAUUGACAUGAUCACUAGGAUAUAUUUUAGUACCAUUUAUAUUUAAUCUAAAAUUGAAAUGAAAGCCGUGUCAAAGAGGCCGCAGGGGUGUGAGUUUAGACACCACUGCAAACUGGCCAAAAGUAAACAAAUCGUCGCUUUAAAAUUAAAAAGCCUUAAGUGCAUUUUUUUGAAAAAUAAACUAAUGGUGGAUUCAUAUUAGUACUAUCAUUCUUCAGGUUUAAAAAGCCUUAAGUUCCUAAAUUUCUCAUUUAAAAUGAGUUUUAUUUACAUGUUUUUAUAUUUGUAAGUUUUGGAGGCCAAUCAAGGUCUUAGAUGUAAAAAGCUUUAAGUACAGGUAAUAUAGAUCUAAAAAGACUUAAAUGCAGUAUUGAUAAAAAACUGGACUUAAGUCUUUUUAACUUUAAUUAUUUUUCAAACUAAAAAGACUUAAGUCCCAAUGUCAUACUUAAGGCUUUUUAUUCCUAAAAAAGCCUGUGAGGCCUAUAACAUAGGGCUGCAGUAAUGGUAAGGAGUUUAUAACCAAAUUUGUUACUUAUCAUACUUAUCCUCUUAAAUAGGAUUUUUCUAAGUCAAAAACUUUUUUUGUCACAACAUAAGGUUACUGUUAUACACUUGUUUGUACUUUUUGGAUUGGGAUUUCUUUGCAUUCAAGCUGCUGGGAAAUUUCUUUGCUAUUGAAUACUUGCAUUAUAGUUCCUUACCUAUACUUAGCUUUCCUAUUAUGCUGCUUACAAGGAUUAAACUGACCUUGCUCUUUUGGAAAGAAUAAAGUUAUGAAGAUACAUUUUCGCUUUUCGAAUUUUAACCAAGAAGCUUUUGCAUGGCAUUUCGAAUGUUUUGCAUGACAAAAUCAAAUGUCCAUAUUUCGGAAAUUGUGUAAAGAUGUGUUUUAACCAAGUUCAGUAAUCUGUAGUCUUAUAGUUAGUUUUGUUAGUUUAGAUUAUAAGUUUAUAAGACAUGAAUAGAAUAAAAAUAGCUUCAAGAGUAUCGACAGAAGCAUGGCGUUUUGACAGAAAACAGAUUAAAGUAGAGGAUCGGUGGUCAUAUUCUUACUUUGGGAAGGCUUGGUUGGAUGCAAGGGUAUUUGGGUCAAUCACUGGGAAAUCAGGAAGUAGGUGGCUUGUAAAGUGGGAUGUUGACCAAGAAAUUUCUUCAUGGGAAACGGAAAACCUUUACAAGGAAAGCGAUGACAGACCUAUUCAAAUUUUGACUAAAAAAUCAGAUAAUCCAGAAAAUCUUUACCCAGUGUUUAAAGAUUUCAACCUAGGAAAUGAGACCCUAAAUUCAACUCUGAAACAAGCAGGCAUUUUGGACUCCAAACCUGGUAGUGAAGAAAAAUUUAUUGGGCAGGAGGAUGAAAGAUCAAAGAACAUGGAUGAUGAGAGUGGUGUUUAUGAGGAUGCUCCAAAGAACAUAGAGAUUCCAGAUAUAGAGAAAAAAAGAUUGUCUGCUAUAAAAGAAAAUGAAGAAUUUGCCACAAAGCUGGGUUUGCCUGUUAAGAAGAGAAAGUUUGAAAGACAUGUUCUCCGCAUUGAUCCUCCAUCAAUUGCUGAAGAUGAAGAUAAUGAUACUGAAGAUAGUGAACAUAGUGAAGCAGAAAUCCCGAUCAUUGAAAAGAGAGAGCUCAUUGAUGGUGAAGAGGUGUACCUUCAUGUAGAUGACUUGGAAGUGUUUAAAGCAAAGUUUGAACAAACAGACUCAUCAAACUCAACUGUACACGGUGAACCCAUUAAAGAAAAGGAGGGACGCUUUUUUAUCACAAAAGUUUUACGGAAUGCAGUAAAGUGGAGUGGCUUUAAUUGUGAGAAAAUGGGUAAAGGUGCAGCAAUCCUUUGGAAUAAAGAAGAUGUCAAACGAAGAUCAGUUUUAGCAGAACAAAAGGUUGGAACUGAAGCUUCAUAUCCAACAGUUCUCACUUCUAGAAAACGAAAAAGAAAUCCAGAAGAAUGGAAAAAUAAUUUACGGAAGAAAGCUGUAAAUACAGGACAAGAAUUUUCAUACCAAGUCAAAAAUAAUAAAGAUGGUCAAAUGAUAACAAAAAAGAUUAAAAAGAGGGAGAUAAAACCACCAUGUCAAGAAAAGUGCCGCCUCCAAUGUUCAAAAUCCUUCACCAAUGAAGAACGUUUGAAAAUCUUUCACGAAUUUUAUAACACAGGUGACAAAUGUAAACAAUCUCAGCAGCUAGCGACAUUGGUUACACAAGCUCCUAAAAAGCGGUCCACAAAAGAUGAGAAUUACCAACCGAAAAGAAAUAGGGAGUUCACAAGGCUGUACACUUUGAUCAGAAAUGGUGUACAAGUCAAAGUGUGCUCUACUAUGUUCCUCAACACACUUGGAAUUAAUGAGAAAAGAGUUCGUACUGUUUUGAGCAAUGUCACAGACACAGGAGCUCCAUUGGUCGAUGGCAGAGGCAGGCACAAAAAUCAUAAAACUUCGGAGGAGAGAGAGAAGCUAGUAAUUGAACACAUCAGCUGUUUCAAAGUUGUUGAGUCUCAUUAUGUGAGAAAAGAUGCCAAAUAUGAGUAUUUACCAAAAGAACUCAGCGUAGCUGAAAUGUAUAGGAUGUACAGUGAGUGGUGCAGCAAAAAGGGGUACACCUUAGAAAACUAUGCGUUUUAUUAUCGUGUCUUCAAGGAAAAAUUUAAUUUGAAGUUUCAACAGCCAAAAAAAGAUAAAUGCGACACAUGUGAGGCAUACAACAAUCUUGACAAGACACAAAUUGAUAAAGAAGUUGAACAGUCUCAAAAGAACCAUCUUCAUGAUAAAGAUCGUGUUCGAGAGAUUAAAGAAACCUGUAAAAAAAUGGCCAGUGAAAAUACUGAUGUUCUUGCUGCAGCCUUUGAUCUUCAAAAGGUCUUGCUAUGUCCCUUCGGACAAACAAGUUCCUUUUACUAUUCACGUAGAUUAACCAACCACAAUUUUACCAUCACUGAGCUAGAUAACAUGGAUACUUACUGUUAUUUUUGGAAUGAAUCACAGUGUCGAAAGGGGUCAGUUGAAGUUGCAACUUGUUUGAAGAAGUUCAUCCAAAAAAGAUCCGAAGAUGGAAUUCGUGACUUUUUCUUAUUUUGCGAUAGAUGUGGAGGACAAAACAACAAUCGCAUGAUAUUUAUCAUGCUAUCUGAUAUAAUGUACACGUGUGGGAUCAAUUCCAUCACUUUAAUCUAUCUUGUGUCAGGUCAUUCACAUAGUGAGAAUGACAAUGCACAUUCCAUGAUUGAACAAAUGGUUAGGAAUAAAACCAUUUACACAUCUGCUGAAUGGGAAACUAUUAUCAAAUGUGCUUUCAAAAAGAAUCGAUGUUUUCUGGAAGUUCUAAACCACAGAGAUAUUAUUGAUUACAAAAAUGUAUCUGCCUUUCCUGAAUUCAAUUCAGUGAUGCUUGAUAAGACAGAGGAGGAGAUGACUGCCAAAGAGAAGGAGCAACAAAAGGCUUUAAAUGAAACAAUAGGUAUGUCAAAUAGGAAAGUAAACAAAGUCUACUGGUCAGAGAUCGUUGAAUUAAAAUUUGAGUACAACAAUCCUGAGCAAAUCUUUUUUAAAUACAGCUAUGAUGAGGGGUAUCGCAAAGCUACAUUUUCUGCUCCAAAAAGAGAAAUAAGAAAGAAAGAAUUGGUUCAGAGGAAAAAGCAUAUGGAAAAAUAUCCAUUUCCUUGUGGUAUUUCAUCACAAAAAAAAGAAGAUUUAAAGAAACUUUGUUCUAAAGGGUUGAUUCCAGAACAACACCAUUCCUUUUUUGAUAACCUACCAGUUACAAAAUGAUUGUUACACUCUACCAGUGAUUUCAAUAUUUCAAUUUUAUUUUUAUUUUUUGUUCCAUUUAAAUUUUCCUAAUUUAUUUCUAGAUUUAAUAUAUUAACAAUUUAGAUAGACUGCAAUACUAACAAUAUUCUCAAAAUUAUUUUACGAAACUUUUAUUUUCAUAAAUGUUUGUCUCAUUUAUAAAGUAAAUAACCUACAAAAUAAUGCAAAAACUUCUAUUUUUAACUUUACAUGCAUACAAAGAUUCUUGAACAACCUUGAACAAUGUUUGAUUAAACAAAAAUUUCUAAGGGGUGGGACUUGGAGUCAGAGAUUGUAUCACAACGUGGCAGUGGAAUGAGGGUAUCAGUAUCAAAUGAUUACCGCCCUUUCUCCAUCUACAACAUCGUGUUCUGAGAAUAUUUUAUUUUUUAUUUUUUGUUCCAUUCAAUCUAAUUUAUUUCUAGAUUUAAUAAUAUAUUUACAAAUGAAAUUUAUUUUUAAAUAAACUUCUCUAUUCUUGGCUCAAUAUCUUCUAAGAUAUCUGUUGCUAUGUGCAUUGUAUAGUAGCCUAAAAUAAUGUAAAAAAAACUGCAAUCAACUACUUCUAUUUUUAACUAAACAUGCAUACAAAGGUUUUCACAAAUCUUAAACAGUGUUUGAUUAAACAAAAAUUCUAAGGAAAGAAACGUGGGGUUUCACCACGUGGCAGUGAAAUUAGGGUGGCAGUAUCAAAUGAUACCUCCCUCCCCCUAUCCAUGACAUCACGUGGUGAAUAUAUUUAAAUUUAUUUGUAUUUCUGUUCCAAUUGAAUAUUUCUAAUUUAUUUAACGAUAUAUUUAGUAAAUAGAUAGACUGUGUAUACUAGUAAUGUUCUGCAAAAGGUUCUACUAAACUUCUAUUUGCAUGACCUUUUCUCUUCUCUUAACUGAAUAUUGUUACAAGAUUGUACUGUGUAACCAAAAAAUUCAAAAACCAAACUGCAGUUAACUUCUUCUAACUUCAACUUACAAACUUUAAACCACGUUUUAUAAUUCCUUGACUUUUCAUCCCUGAGGGUGGUGUUAGAUUACUCUAGUCUUAUUUAUUUGAAUUCUGAUAAUAAAAUCAAAAAAUAUUACUUAUAAAGUUAAAGUUUGCCCUGAGGUACAUUUUCUAUGAUUCCGUCUGUAACAUAAAUUUUACGUGCCCUCAUUAAUACCAAGAUCUUUAACAAUUUUUUAUAAAACUAGUUACUGACACCCAGGCCAAAGUCCAAUAAAAUGAACAUUUCUUAAAGCAAAUACUUUUUUUUUCCCAAUGAUUUUAACAUUCAUGUUUAUUUUUCAUUACCCCUUGAUGUUAUUUUUUAAAAAGUUAACGUUAAAAAGCCUUAAGUCACUUUUCUUUCAAAAUUGGCUCCAAAACUGUCCAAAUCCAAAAAAGUGUAAGACAUAUUUAAAGUAUUCCAAAUUACCUCUUUUAUUACCAAAAAUUUUCAUUCUAUGGCUAAUAGGUCAAAAAAUAUUGUGAAGCCAAUUUUUCUUCUUCUUCUUCUCAAAAUAAGAGAAAUGCAAAAAGGUUAACGUUAAAAAGCCUUAAGUCACUUUUCUUUCAAAAUUGGCACAGAAAAUGUCGAUAUCAAAAAAAGUGUAAGACAUAUUUAAAGUAUCCUAAAUUACCUCUUUUAUUACCAAGAAUUUUCAUUUUUUGGCUAAUAGCUCAAGAAAUAACUCCAAGUCAAUUUUUGUUUUUGCUUUUCCUCAAAAUAAGAAAAAUGCACUUAAGGCCUUUUUGUUUCAAAGCGACGAAAUAAGGGCAACCUUUAUGUUAUCUAAGCCUAUGUAAAAUAUUAAUCUACACUUUUUUUAUAAACAAUUUUUGCUAAACCAAUUUGGCAAGAAAGCUCAACAUUAUUAGUUAAACAUCU